AUGCCAACUCAAGAAAGUGGGGCUGAACCUUGGGUGUUUGGUGCUAAUGAGAAUCAGGAGGUGGAAGAAGAAGAGGAGGAGGAAGAGGAAGAAUAUGAGUCCAGUGAAGAAUAUGAGUCCAGUGAUCCAGAACCAAGUGGGAAACGCCGUAAGACAUCUGAUAUUUGGGAAAGCUUCUGGAUACUUAAGCAGCGUGGGAGUUCUUCUAACUGUUCUGCUUGUAAGAGAAUUCUUGCUGACUGGUGUGGGCUAUCACUUUCAUUUAUUGAUGAAGAUUGUUUUGCCCAGCUACUUGCUCGUAGUCUUCAUCCAACAUUUCCAUUGUCCCGUGCCCGUGCCAUUGUAGACAGAGAUGUCAUGAAUCUUUAUGAAAGAGAAAAGGGUACACUGAAAUGCACCAUAUCUGAAGCAUCUGGAGGACUGAGUUUCUCUGUUGACCACUGGAAGUCGAAACCCACUGGAGAUGAAGAUAUCUUGAAUUGGGCUGUGCAAGCUGGUCUAGAGCUGAUUGCUGAUGUUAUCAAGAAGAUCCGUCACGGGAUUCAUUACAUCAAUCAUUCUGCUGUAAGGAAGGAUAAGUUUUUUCAAUGUGCUAAAGACAUGUUUCAUUUGGAUGUUAACAUCAAGUUACGUGCUGACCUAUUUUCAAAAGAAAACAAAGAGUCUAAAACUGCCAGUUUAUACUUUCUUGGAGUAUAUAAAGUUUACCGAUUGCUAGAUGUGACAAAAGGGCAAGACAACUUCAUGUCUGCUAUGGUUAAAGAAGUUAAAGGCAAGUUUGAUAAGUAUUGGUCAGAGUAUAGCACAAUCUUGGCUUGCACAGCUGUCCUCGAUCCUCAUUACAAGCUCAACUUAAUCAGCUAUUGUUUUAGGAAGAUUUAUGGCGAUGCUGAUGGUAGCCAACAUGUUGAUAGAGUUGUUGCAUUGCUUAAGAGAUUAUUUACUGAAUAUGAAAAGUCUUCCUCCUCAUCUUCAGUUGGGACAAAUGUUCUUGAAUGCCAUACAAAGGAUGACUUGUUUGAUGAUUAUUCUGCACCAAAACAAAUAUCAGAGCUGGAUUGGUAUUUGGAGUUACCAGUGAUGGAUCUCAAUGUUGAUUUGGAUUUAUUGAAAUUCUGGAGUGGCAUGUCCAAGUAUUACACUGACCUUGCACACUUGGCCCGUGAUAUCCUUGCCAAUCCUAUCUCCACUGUUGGGACUAAGUCUGCGUUCACCAUGGGGGAGAAAGUCUUGAAUCAUCGUCGAAGUGGACUCCGUCCAGACUUACUUGAGAUGUUGAUUUGUCUCCAUGACUGGACAUGCCUGAAAGACAGAAAUGGAAUCGCUGUAUCUGCUAUAGAAGGGUAUUGUUCGGAAGAUGAGGUUGAAGAAGAUGACGAAGUGGAGUAG